AUGACGUCAUCAGCGAUCGGCAAGUGCGUCAGUGACGUCAGCGGCCCUCUGCUGCGCGGGAAGCUGCUCCCCUGGACUGCCGCCGCCUUGUUUUCCGCCACCUCCCGCGCGUUCUCCGCCUCCAGCAGCAGCGCCGGGCGUUGCGCGCAAGCUGGGGGCGCGGGCGAGGGGGGAGGCGCGGCGGAGGGAUCCGGCGGAGGGGGGAACCUCGCGGCGAUCAAGGAGCUGCGCGCGCGCACGGGCGCGCCGGUGAAGGACGUGAAGGCGGCGCUGGUGGCGGCCGGGUGGGAUCUGGACGCGGCAUUCACGGAGCUGAGGAGGCGGGGGCUGGCAGCAGCACAGAAGAAGAGGGCGCGGGUGGCAGCGGAGGGGCUGGUGGGCGUGGCGGUGCGGCCGGGCGUGGGAGCGGUGGCGGUGGAGGUGAACAGUGAGACGGACUUCGUUGCACGGAAUGACCUCUUUCAGCUUCUGGUUUCCAAGGCAGCAGCCGCAGCAUUGAGCCUUUCCCCCUCCUCCUCCUCUUCCUCCGACCACUCCUCUCUCCCCCUCCCUCUUCCUCUGGCGAACCUCGAGCAAGCCAUGGUGUCAUUCGAUCAUCCGAAGCUGUCAGGAAGCCGCCAGCUGGCAGAGGCGGUGGCUGAGGUGGCAGCGCUCACGGGGGAGAACGUGCGCCUGCGCCGAGCCUUCCUGCUUCCCGAGCCUCGGCCGUCUGGCUCGGUGGCCACGUACCUGCACAGCAGCCCCGGGGCUGGCUUGGGCCGGAUAGCUAGUCUUGUGUCCCUCUCUAUUUCUGAGUCGUCUGGUAGCAGCAGCAGCAGCGUCAGCGGGGGAGGGAGCAGAGCAGACACCGGAUCAGAGGCAGCAGCAGCAGUGGAGGGGGCAGGAGGAGGGCAUGAAGCAGUGGCAGAGGCAGCAGGGGCGGUGGGGGAAGGAGUGGCGAUGCAUGUUGUGGCGAUGAGGCCGCUGUACUUGAGGCGAGAGGACGUGCCUGGGGAGGUGGUGGAGAAGGAGAGUGAUGUGCUGCGAGCCCAGGCGGUGGCAGCAGGCAAGGCAGCAAGCGUGGUGGAGAAGAUGGUGGCGGGGCGGCUGGGGAAGUUCUACGGGGAGGUGGUGCUGAUGGAGCAGGCGUAUGCCAUGGAUGAUAAGAGAACGGUGCAGAAAGUGCUAGCAGGAGCUUCUAAGAAGGCGGGGGCAAUGAUCCAAGUGGAGCACUUCUUACGGCUGGAGGUUGGGGAAGGCAUUGAAAG